AGUGAGAUUAUUAUACCCAAUUGGAAAAUGGACUUUGGAGAGAUCCCAAAUCACAACGGCAAUCCCCCGCCUGUCGUAGGAGAUUGCAGCAUCCAUGGCGGUGGGAAAGCAACGUUGACCGGACCCCCUUUCCAAAUUGGAUGGCCAAAGGUCAAACGAUGCCAAAUUCCAAAUGGAACUUGGUGUCACACUGACUGGACCCCACCCCCACCACCUCCUCGGAAUCACUUGAUCGGAGGCCGACUCUCUCCAAAACCCCACAUUUCAUUCAUUCAUUCAUUCAUUCAAUUCAAUUCUUCUCUGUUUAAUCAUCAGCAAACGAUGAACUCUCCAACGAACAAAACAAUGUAUCCGAGGGUGAAAGUGAGGCACCAAGUUCAUAAAAACGAGGAGGAGGAUGAUGAUGGUGAUGCACGGAACCCUAGGUUGAAGGUUUUCAUUCCUUCAUGCUUGCGACCUCCGUCUUCUCCUUCUCCUUAUGCUUCUUGUUAUGCUUCUCCUGCUUCUACUUGUCCUCCUUCUCCUUCUGCUUCAGUAGUUCGAAAGAAAAAUGUCUCCAAGCCAUCAUCGAUGGUUAACGCACCAAAGUGCUAUGUGCCACCGGUGUCUUCUCCACGAGUACAGAUAAAUGAAGCUUUUCAAGACUGCAGUUUAUCUUCGGAUUCGGGAUCAACAGGACCUGAGAAGGACGACAGUAUUGAUGAGAACAAAAUAAAUACUAGGGCCUGUCGAGUUCAUCGCCCUCGUGCUGUCAUCUCUAGUCCUUAUAAUGACAGGUUGUUCGGGAGCAGAAACGAAACUAGCAAUGGAAGUAGUUCUCCUUUGAAGAAUGGUACCCCACCGCAAAAUAGACAUGCACACUGUAACUGUAAAGCUAAAUCACAUGAAGAUGCUGAUAAUCCUCUAAACACAAGAAAAUCCAAGGAGCCUGAUUCUAAUGGUACAAUUGAUCCUGUAGGGAAGAAAAAGGUCCAUCAUGGCAGCAUAAAAUCCGAAAAUGUAAAUAGGAUCUGGAGAUAUUAGUCCUACUAGAACCUAGGAUCCUGAUUAAUCGGAUUGUUAAAAGCCAAAUAUGUGUUAUCAAGGACAAGGAUUAGGUUCUCACUUCUCACACAAAGAAGAAAGAGAGAAACAAAAUAAUGUAUGUUUUAAAAUAACCAUAUCAGCAUGCUUGAUGUUUUUACUCCAGUAUCUAAAUUUUUAAAUUUUGAACUGUUGUGGGCCUGUAAAUUUUUCUAUGGAAGAAGAGACAAUGCAUGAGAGAUCAAAUAUUUUCCUUUUCAGUUUUAUUCAUAUUUGAGCGUUUUUGUAA